AUGACAAAGGAAGAAAUUGAAGACAAGAAGAGAAAAGUUGUAGACGAAGAGGUAAUUGAAAAGAAGAGUAAGAAACACAAGAAGGAUAAGAAGGAAAAGAAGGAAAAGAAGGAAAAGAAGCAUAAAAAGCAUAAAAAGGAGAAGAAGAGCGACAAGGAAGACGAAGUACCAAAGAAAGAAUCGAAAAAGAAACCAGAGACUACUUCUGCAGUGGCUAGUGAGUUUUAUGUUCAAAGCGAGGCAUUAACCACUGUUCCACAAUCUGAAAUUGACGAAUAUUUCAAGGAAAAUGAAAUCGCUGUUGAGGAUCCUCUAAACCUAGCCCUACGUCCGCUAUUAUCAUUUGAUUAUCUUUCCUUGGACCCCUCUAUUCAAGCAGAAAUUUCUAAGUUUCCAAAACCAACGCCCAUUCAAGCUGUAGCUUGGCCAUAUUUGUUGUCUGGUAAAGAUGUUGUCGGUGUUGCUGAGACUGGUUCUGGUAAGACAUUUGCUUUCGGUGUUCCAGCUAUCAGUCAUUUAAUGAAUGAUCAAAAGAAAAGAGGUAUACAGGUUUUAGUCAUUUCUCCAACUAGAGAACUGGCUUCCCAAAUUUACGAUAACUUGAUUGUAUUAACGGACAAAGUUGGUAUGCAAUGUUGUUGUGUUUACGGUGGUGUUCCAAAAGAUGAACAAAGAAUUCAACUAAAAAAGUCACAAGUGGUGGUUGCUACGCCUGGUAGAUUAUUAGACUUACUACAGGAAGGAUCCGUUGAUCUUUCUCAAGUAAACUACUUAGUACUAGAUGAGGCGGACAGAAUGUUGGAAAAAGGUUUCGAAGAAGACAUCAAGAAUAUCAUCAGAGAAACUGAUGCAUCCAAAAGACAAACUCUAAUGUUUACCGCUACUUGGCCAAAAGAAGUCCGUGAAUUAGCUUCUACAUUCAUGAAGAAUCCAACUAAGGUGUCUAUUGGUAAUACAGAUCAACUAACUGCUAACAAAAAAAUCACACAAAUUGUUGAAGUGGUGGACCCACGUGGAAAAGAAAGAAAGUUAUUGGAACUUUUGAAAAAGUACCACUCUGGUCCAAAAAAGAAUGAAAAGGUCUUGAUUUUUGCUCUUUAUAAAAAGGAAGCUGCUCGUGUUGAAAGAAAUUUGAAGUAUAAUGGAUACAAUGUUGCAGCUAUUCAUGGUGAUUUAUCCCAACAACAAAGAACGCAAGCUUUGAAUGAGUUCAAAAGCGGUAAGUCUAAUUUGCUAUUGGCCACUGACGUUGCAGCAAGAGGUUUGGAUAUACCAAAUGUUAAGACCGUUAUUAAUUUAACUUUUCCAUUGACUGUGGAGGACUAUGUCCAUAGAAUCGGUAGAACUGGUAGAGCUGGUCAAACAGGCACAGCCCACACUCUAUUCACUGAACAAGAAAAGCAUUUGGCUGGCGGGCUAGUUAACGUUUUAAAUGGUGCCAAUCAACCUGUUCCUGAGGAUUUGAUAAAGUUCGGUACUCACACUAAGAAGAAGGAACAUAGUGCUUACGGUUCAUUCUUUAAGGAUGUCGAUUUGACUAAGAAGCCAAAAAAGAUUACUUUCGAUUAG